AUGGAAGAUAAGCAGUUAGAUUUUAAUCAGCCUCUUUUAUCAGUAAGGAGAAUCUCAUCAAUAGUGGCCUCUGAAAAUGACAAUAAAAAGAAACCUGAUAAGGCAGUACCCAAAAGACCUCCUCUUCCUUUUUACAAAUCAGAUUUAAAAUCAGGUCCAGUUAGUAACCCUGGAACUGUUCCUUUUGUGUGGGAGAAGACUCCUGGAAGGCCUAAGAAUGAAAGCAGACUACAAGCACAGAUUGCUGAACGGCCUUCGGUUGCCCCAAAGCUCCCACCUGGGAGGGUUUUGAAAGUUGAUCAGCAAGAUUCUGAUAAAGAUGCUAAAGUUACAUCAGUUACUCAAUCCAGGACAGGAAGCAGUGUUUUAGAUUCUCAGCAUGCUCCAUUUUUGGAUAAUAGAGGGAACAAACAUGAAAGCCCCAAACAAAUAACUGAGGAGAAGGCAAAUUCUGGUUCAGACAACGAGGAUGAGACCUAUCUAGAUGCUCUUGAUACACUUUCCAGAACUGAAUCAUUCUUCAUGAGCUGUAGUGUGAGUGGUUUGAGUGAAUGGGAUGAUCAAGAGGUCCAACCAUCAGGAAGUUUUUCAACAGAUCAACAGGCACGUGAUUUCAUGAUUAGCAGGUUCUUGCCUGCAGCAAAGGCAAUGGCUUCAGAAACACCUUCAGUUCAACACCACUCUAGGAAGCCACUUGUUACACUAGAACAACCAAAACUGGUAAGGAAAGUAGUUACUGGAGCAAAUUCUCGCCCCCUUAAUGAGAAAUGGCAAAAGGUUUUGCCACAUUAUGCUCAAGAUAUUGGUAGGGAAGAAAGUGAAGAUGAAAGUGAUGAUAACGAUGGAUAUGAAAACUAUGCACCCAAAGUUUGUGGACUAUUUCCUCGGUUCUGCCUUUUGAAUCCAGUUCCAGGAUUAAGAAUGGAAGGUAGGAUUCCAAGUUCUACAGGACAUGGAGUGCAGAGUAAAUCUGACAGAAGAACUUCCAAAACGCAUGGAAGAAGAACUGCUAAUAAUGGGAAAAUGUCUCUAAAUUCUCAAUCCGGCUUUACAAGAGAGAAAAAUUUCCCUGGUACAGCGGAAAAUUCUAAGCAUGGUAUUGAUCCACCUCGCAGAGGUUGCAGCCAAUCAUUAGCCUCUAAGAGCUCUCAAUUUGAGUCUAGCUGUGAAAGCCCUGUUUCUGAGAAAACUCUAUAUGUAGAUUCUGUACAUAAGGUCAAAUCUUCAAGUUCAUGUUCUUCGGACACGAAUCACAGAAGGGAUGAUUUUGAUUCUACAAGAAAAGACACUGGUCUUGAUAAAAAUCUUCAUAUAGAUUCUUCAAUUGAGGAUAGCAAACACCUUGGUAUUGUGGAUGAGAAGACUGUAUUACAACCUAAAAGUUCAGCCUCUCUUGAAUCAUCUCUGCUGGUUUGUUCUGUUUAUUCAAAUGAUGAUAUGCAAAUAGAAAUGAAAAAUCAUUCCAACAAAAUAUGCCCAGAAGAGCAAGAAUUGACAAAGUCUAAUUACCAAGGGAACAAAUUAAAUCGUGAUUUGGUUAUAAUUUCAAGUCCAGAAAUGGUUGAAUCCAAAACAAUGGAGUCUGAAGAAAAAGCUUUUAGCAUUGAGGAAGGUUCUAAUGGUCUCGUUCAGAAUCCAGUUUCAUGGAAAAACAAGAAUUUAACCAGUGAUUUGAAAUUUGAUUCAAAUUGGCUGUCAGCUACCAAAGUGUUUGAUCAAGAACGCGCUCUUGGAUCUAGUGGGGAUCCCAGGGCUUUGACUUGCUCAAAGGUGGUAGGUGACACAAAGAUUGACUCAGAAAGUCAAUUGCAUAUGAAGUUGGGUCAUGGAGAGACUUCAAAAACAAGCUCUCUGAAGCGUCCUCUUGUCCUUCCUUCACCAAAAGCUCCUUCAGAGUCUUGGCUUAAGCGCACUUUACCUACAGUUUCGUCUAGGAACAUAUUUUUACGGUCUGAUCUUGCUACCAACUUACAUGCACCAGUUCAAACUUCCAAGACAGCACUACCUGAUCCUAAGUGGGAAAGAAUUGUUAAAUCUUCUAAAGUUAAUCAUGGGUAUCUUCAGUUUGCUGAGGAACUACUUCCACCUAUUCCUGAAGCAUGA